AUGGCCACCACAACGAUAACACUGGCAGAGAGGCAAACGAAGCCCACGAGCUCGAGCCUCGCUCCGGAGCCUGAACGAUUUUUGAGGUGCUGUUCAGACAUCUCAAGCUUUCUCGUGCAAGAAUUUGAAGCUUCCCAAGACUCAACGAAGCCCAAGAAAGACUUGAAUCUCAACAGCCUUCGCAGCAAGUUCUCGAAGAAGCACCGUCUGAGCAAUAUACCCCCUCUGACGGCCAUCAUCGCGGCAAUUCCAGAGCACUACAAAAAAUAUAUCUUACCGAAGCUUAUUGCGAAGCCAAUUCGAUCUGCGUCAGGCAUCGCCGUGGUUGCUGUAAUGUGUAAGCCUCACCGUUGUCCUCACAUAGCCUACACUGGCAAUAUCUGCGUCUAUUGUCCUGGCGGACCAGACAGUGAUUUCGAAUACUCGACACAAUCAUACACUGGCUAUGAGCCAACCUCCAUGCGAGCUAUUCGAGCUCGAUACGAUCCUUUCGAGCAGGCAAGAGGACGUGUGGAUCAAAUUAAAUCCCUGGGACACAGCGUGGAUAAGGUUGAAUACAUCAUAAUGGGUGGGACUUUUAUGUCAUUGCCUGAAAGCUAUCGAGACGGGUUCAUCUCCCAGCUACACAACGCACUGAGUGGAUACCAAGGAAAUAACGUGGAUGAAGCUGUGCAAGCAGGUGAGAUGAGCAAUAUCAAAUGUGUUGGAAUCACCAUCGAAACCCGACCGGAUUACUGCUUGCAACCCCAUCUUUCCGCCAUGUUACGUUAUGGUUGUACUCGACUGGAGAUAGGAGUCCAAUCUCUGUACGAAGACGUUGCUAGAGAUACGAACAGAGGCCACACAGUCGCAUCCGUAGCGGAGACAUUUUGUCUAUCAAAAGAUGCAGGAUUCAAAGUCGUCAGCCAUAUGAUGCCAGACUUACCAAACGUUGGAAUGGAAAGAGAUUUGGAUCAAUUCAGAGAAUACUUUGAAAACCCAGCAUUUCGAACCGAUGGACUGAAGAUUUAUCCAACCCUUGUCAUCCGAGGCACGGGGCUGUACGAGCUGUGGCGAACUGGACGGUAUAAGAACUACACCCCAAACGCACUCAUUGACAUCGUCGCUCGGAUAUUGGCCUUAGUCCCCCCUUGGACUCGUAUCUAUCGGGUGCAGCGAGACAUUCCAAUGCCAUUAGUGACUUCUGGCGUUGAAAAUGGAAACUUGCGAGAGCUGGCACUGAGCAGGAUGAAAGAUUUCGGAACUACCUGCCGAGAUGUUCGCACUCGAGAAGUUGGAAUCAACGAGGUAAAGAACAAAAUCCGACCUUCUCAGGUCGAGUUGGUCCGUCGAGAUUAUACUGCCAACGGUGGAUGGGAAACGUUCUUAGCCUACGAAGACCCAAAACAAGAUAUUCUCAUCGGUCUUCUUCGACUACGGAAAUGUUCUGCCAAGUACACCUUCCGACCCGAGUUGGUUGGCCAACCCACCAGUCUCGUGCGGGAGCUGCACGUCUAUGGUUCUGCUGUGCCGGUCCAUGCUCGUGAUCCGAGAAAAUUCCAGCAUCAAGGCUACGGUACUUUACUGAUGGAAGAAGCUGAGAGGAUUGCCCGCGAUGAGCACCGAAGUACUAAGAUUAGUGUCAUCUCUGGUGUUGGUACAAGAGAUUAUUACAAAAGACUGGGAUAUUGGCUUGAUGGGCCAUAUAUGAGCAGGCAUUUGAAGCCGAGAGACGAUGACGAGAGCGACGAUGACUUCUGA